GACGGGUACACGGUCGAGAUCAAUAAUGUUGCCGCGCUGGAGACGGACGCGGACGCGGUGUUGGCCGCUGUCGGCAUUGGCAUGCAGGACUUGCCGACGGGGCUCAAGUUCUACCAGGAGGCGGUCGGGAUGGAGAGGCAGAGUACGCUGAGGCUUGGUGGCUGGGACGAACAUAUACUGAAUUUUCCGGGGGCGGAGGGGUCCUCGCUGGUGCUGGUUAAUUGGCAUGAUGGCAAGACGAGGGAGUAUAAGGAUGUGCCCGUCAAGCUCGUGUUUGGCCUGCAGGAUCCGGUCGCGUUCGCGAAAAAUCUGGCGGUGAAGGGCGGGACGGUGAUCCAGGAGCCGGCGCCGAGACCGGAGGUUGGCGGCGCGACGGUCGGGUUCGGACGGGACCUGAUGGGAUACUUGUUGGAGAUGGUCAAGUUGAGUCAGCUUGGGGGUAGUACCGCGAGCAAUGCCACCAAGCUAUGAGCUUGGACGGAUGGAACCGUCGUUUUGUAUGUAGGUAUGUACUCAAUGUUGCUGGAUGAUUUGAGCCGUGCUCAUGCUACCUAUUAAUCUCGACUCUAGAGAAUAAACAAGCCCCCUCCAUCACCAACUUCCGCGCUCC